UAACAGGGUUAAGAAUUUAUUGAAAUCUGUUUGAAACUCCCAAGAACAGACCUCAAGAACUGGAGGGAGAAAAGAGAGCUUAAGUCCACCUUCGAACAUGUCUCCCAUUGUCUUCCUGCUUCAGGGAGCUUUCUUAUUUGCUGCAGUCAGUUCCAAGCCAACCACAAAGAAGCUUUAUGGGGAGAUCACUUCCCCAAAUUAUCCCAAAACAUACCCCAACAACAACAUCAGUACCUGGGACAUUUCAGUACCAAAGGGCUACAGAGUGAAGCUACGUUUUUCGCUGUUUGAUCUGGAGCCAUCUGAGGCAUGCCGGUAUGACUUCGUCAAGAUCACAGCAAACAAGAAGGAUUUAGGCCGGUUCUGUGGCCAGGUAGACUCUGCCACAGGCAACUACCCACGAGACAAGGAGUUUUUGUCUACCAACAAUCGAAUGCGGCUCCUGUUCCAGUCUGACUUCUCUAAUGAGGAGAAUGGCAUUGUAGUUUCCUAUAAGGGAUUCUUAGCUUAUUAUCAAGCCGUGGAUCUAGAUGAGUGUGCCCCCAGAAAUGACAUUGAAGAUGGUCCUCAAUGCCAGCAUUUCUGUCACAACUAUAUAGGGGGCUACUUCUGCUCUUGCCAGCCCGGCUACCAACUCCAGAGUGAUCGGCACUCUUGCAAAGUGGAUUGCAGCAAUGAACUGUUCACAGAAACCUUUGGGCAUUUCUCAAGCCCUGGAUACCCUGAGCCUUAUCCACCCAACUUGCAGUGUAAUUACAGCAUACGGGUAGAGAAAGGGAUGACCAUUAUUCUCAAGUUCUUGCAGCCAUUUGAAAUUGAUGACCACCAGCAAGUCCGUUGCCCUUAUGACCAGCUUAAGAUCCAUGCUGGCAUGAAACAGAUUGGUGAAUUCUGUGGCAACGUGCCUCCAAGAACCAUUGAAACCAACAGUUCUUCAGUAGAUGUCACUUUUCUCACAGAUGAAUCAGGAUACAGCCGAGGGUGGAAGAUUUCGUACAGUAUAGAAAGGAUCCGCUGCCCAAAGCCUGUGCCAAAAGAUGCCUUCACCAUCAUCAAGGACCCACAGCCCUUGUAUCAAUACCAAGACUACUUCAUUGUCAGCUGCAAAACUGGAUAUAACUUGAUGGAGGGUAAAGAACACUUGACAUCCUUUACCUCUGUCUGCCAACAUGAUGGGACCUGGCAUCGUUCUAUGCCCGGAUGUGAAAUUGUGAAUUGCGGUGAACCUAAAUUUCUGAAAAACGGGGCAUUUAAUUUUGUAACAGCAACAAAAAAUAACAACUAUGAGUCAGUUAUCAAGUACCGCUGUAAUGAACCCUAUUAUCGCCUGCUCAACACCCCAGGAAAAGGUAUCUACACCUGCUCAGCUGAGGGUUCCUGGAAGGAUCAAAUUGACCAUGAUGACAUUCCAAUGUGUCUACCAGUGUGUGGAAAGCCAGACAACCCUAUUGUCGAAAUCCAGCGAAUUAUUGGAGGGAAGGAUGCCCCACGAGGCAGUUUCCCAUGGCAAGCUAUGACGGUCAUCACUGGACGAGCAGGAGGGGCACUGCUGGGUGAUCGCUGGAUCCUGACAGCUGCCCACGUUGUGUACCCAAAAGGGAAAGAGAAUGACACAGAGAUGCUGACCCCUGCGCAGGUAGCAGAGAAGGCUGAAAUCUUCCUGGGUCACACAGAUGUGACUGAACUGUACAAAGUAGGCAAUAAACCAAUUCUCAGACUCUUUGUACAUCCAGACUACAAUCCAAAGGAUGAGCAUAACUUUGAUGGAGACAUCGCACUCAUUGAGUUGAGGGAUCCGGUGACUCUUGGCCAUGACAUGCUGCCUAUCUGUCUCCCUGAGUCAGGAAACACCACCUAUUAUCAUCCAGGUUGGAUGGGGUAUGCCAGUGGCUUUGGAGUAGAAAAAAACAUCCUUGCUAGCAGGCUGAAAUAUGCCCCCAUCCCAGUGGGCAACCAGGAUAGGUGUCGGGAGUGGUUGCAAGGAAGUAAGAUCUCUCAGAAGGAUCACGUCUUCUCAGACAACAUGUUUUGUGCUGGUAACCCCUAUGGAGGAAAAGACACCUGUCAGGGGGACAGUGGAGGGGCCUUAGCUGUGCGUGACCCAGAGACUCAGCGUUGGGUGGCCACAGGCAUUGUUUCUUGGGGCCUUGAGUGUGGCAAAGGGUAUGGUUUUUAUACCAAAAUCAUCAAUUACUUGGAUUGGAUAAAGGGCAUUGUUGGGAAGGAUUGGGUGUCCAUGCAGGUUUCUCAUUAGCCUACUGAAGAAGUGUAAACUAAAUUAUGAUUCUAUGCAUGAAUGAAAAAUACAUACUUCUCAUUAGCUUUCUGUUGUUCUUGCCGCCCUGCCCUCUUUUCUUUGAUACCAAAUAAAUGUAUAGUUGCUUCUUU